GCGCGACGCCGCCUCCAGAGGAACACGUGUUUUCAGCAGCAGGACCAGCAGGACCAGGACCCGCUGUAGACCCGUUUAGAGUCCAGAUCUCGGUCCUGUCAGACCCGGUAGAGAUGUCGGACAGCAGCCGGUGGUGCUCGGUGUUUGUGGGCUCAGAGACCGGCAUCCUGAAGGGGGUCAGUCUGACCCGGAAGCAGGCCUUCAACUUCUGCAACACGAGCCAGCUGAGCCGGGACCAGGAGGUCCGGGUCCUGUGCUGGGGGGACCCGGCGGAGAGCGAGCUGCUGGUGGGCUCCGUGGACGGAACCGUGAAGACCUUCAGCACCGAGAAGGGCUCGUUCACGGAGACCCGGAUCUGCGGAGACCCGCAGGAGGGCUGCUUCAGCGGGCUGGCGGUCCUCAGCGGAUCCGGAUCCGGAUCCUCCGGGUCCCUGGUGACCUGCGGGGAGUUCGGGAAGCUGCGGGUCUGGAGUGAGACCAGCAGCGAGCCGGCUCUGGAGCUGGACGCCGGGAGGAACGUGAGCCGGAUGCGGCAGAGUCCGGUAGACCGGAACCGGCUGGCCACCGGAGGGAAGGAGACCGGACUGAAGAUCUGGGACCUGCAGAAACCAGAUGGACCCGUCUGGACCGCCAAGAACCUGCGGGACGACUGGCUGGACCUGCGGAGACCACACUGGAUCCGGGACCUGGCCUUCAUCCCGGAGACCGACAGAGUGGUCACCUGCACGGGUUACCACCAGGUCCACGUGUACGAUCCCUCCUCCCCUCAGCGGCGUCCCGUCCUGGAGGUGGAGUACGGCGAGCACCCGCUCACCGCUCUGUCUCUGCCCGCCAGCGGUAACACGGUGGUGGUGGGAAACACCCACGGCCAGAUCGCCAUCCUGGACCUGAGGAAAGGUGUGGUCCGCGGCUGUCUGAAGGGGCUCGCGGGGGGCGUGCGGGCGCUGCAGUGUCACCCCUCCCAGCCCCUGGUGGCGUCCUGCGGCCUGGACCGCUUCCUGCGCAUCCACAGCCUGGAGGACCGCAAACUGCAGCACAAAGUCUACCUCAAGUCCAGACUCAACUGCCUCCUGCUCGCCAGCAGAGACCUGGAGGACGGAGGGGCGGCGGGGUCUCAGGAGGUGAAGGAGGAAGACGAGGGCGAGGACGACGAGGUGUGGGAGAACAUGGAGCGCCUGGAGGAGAAACCGAAGAGGAAAACAACAACAGAGGAAGGAGGAGAAGAAGAGGAGCUGCAGAAAGGGAGCAAGAAGAGGAGGAAGAAAGGACCAGACUGAGGCGUUUGUGGCGUGAUCAGAGCGUGGGACAUUUGAACGCCUGUCUCUACAAAUGUGUUUUGUAAUAUUUAGUCAGCAGUCUGAGAGCUUUAUUAAAAUAACAGAGAAAUGUCUUAUGAGUAAUAUUCAUUAUAAACAACUCUUUUUAAAAUCUGA